AUGCUUCUUCAAUCGUCGCUUCGUCGUGCUUGUGUCCUUCCCCGCCCUUUCCGGCUACCUUCGGGUCAGGCUGCAAUCCGUAACUUGCGGACGCUCCCUUCAUUCUCGCUCGAAAACAAGACCUGUGUCGUGACAGGAUCAGCCAGAGGACUCGGCAAAGAAUUCCUAACCGCCUUUGCUCUCUCAGGCGCCAAAGGGGCUUGUGUUGACCUAUCGCUGAAGGACUGCGAAUCCUCAAUUGGAUCCAUCGCAUCACAGGUCCAGGCCGCAUAUCCUGGCGAAGAAGUUCCCGAGCUUCGAGCUUAUGAAUGCAACGCAACCAUCGAGUCAGACGUGACAAACACAUGGGACCAGAUUGUCAAAGAUUUCGGAAAGGUGGAUGUCCUUGUAACUGCAGCAGGCAUCGUGGACAACGUCGAGGCCGAGAAUUAUGAAUAUGCUCGGUGGCGGAAGAUGAUGGAUGUCAAUGUCGAUGGUAGUUGGUUGUUUGCACGACAGGCGGGCAAGCAUAUGCUCCAACACAGUAUCCAAGGCUCCAUAAUCUUCAUCGCAAGCAUGUCUGCUACAAUCUGCGUUCGCCCGCAGAAACAGGCGGCAUAUAAUGCGUCCAAAGGGGCGAUCCAGAUGCUAGCCAAGAGUCUCGCAACAGAAUGGGGUCCCAAUGGUAUUAGGGUGAACAGCCUCAGUCCUGGGUAUAUGCACACCGAUCUCAUCAAAGGCUUGCUCAAAAAUCAAGGUCGGGAAUUAGUCGAUUCAUGGCACAAGGAUAUUCCAAUGGGACGCAUGGCUGAGCCACACGAGCUUAGAGGUACUAUUGUAUGGAUGGCAAGUGAUGCGUCCUCGUAUCUUAACGGAAGUGACGUGAUAGUAGAUGGAGGCUACACAAGCUGGUAGACAUGUUGAACGAUAUAAAUCAUGGGAGACGACCGUACUCGAUGCGUUUAUUGAAGUCAGCCUGAUGAUUUUUAUCUUGCAGGUGUGAAUGAGAAUUACCCUCUGCGACAGGCAGAUAGCCUUUAGGGAAUAUUACAGCUGUUCG